AUGACGACUGUUUUUCACAUAACCUUAAGACCUAUUUUAAUUUUAUCCAAGUGUAUAGGUUUAAUUGAUAUUUCGUAUAUCGUGGAACCAACUGGUUUAUUGGAUCGAAAUAGUGUAAACUCAACGAUUCACGGACUUCUAGAAAUUGCGAGAAUGAUUAUUUUAAUGGCAUGCACUUUUAUAUAUUUUUAUCAGUUUGAUCAAGAACUUCAUAUACUUCAAAUUAUUUAUGUGGUUAAAUUUUGGUUUAUCAUUGUUGCAGCUAGAAUUUCAACAAUAUGGAUAAUCAAAUUUAUUAAUGGCAUUAUCGAGUUUGAUCGAAAAACCACACCACUUUCAACAAAUUUGAUGAACCCAAAUCGUUCAUGGACAAAAAGACGUUGGGAAACGAUUUAUAUUUCGUUAUGUGCAUACUUUAUUGGCUAUAAAUUCUUACAUAUUUUUUUUUGGCCUGUUCAGAUAGAAAACAUAGUAUUAUUGGCAACCCAUUCAAUAUUCACUAUACCAUAUGUUAUGGAUUAUGUAGUUACGAUAUCUUCGUGUUUCUUUCUUCAAAACUUGUAUGUUAGAUUCCAGACGUUAAACGAUUUUUGGAAAUGUCUUCCUGUUGACUUAGAUGCCGUCCCCGGCCAAUGGACACACAUCGAAAUAGUAGAUUUGAUGGAGAAUACGCGGCUGUUGCACUCCGAACUAUGCGACCUGUUAAAAAUGUUUAGUCUUGGUUACGGUCCAUUACUUUUGGGUUUCUUCACGUCCAGCUAUAUCGGUUUGCUUAUCAGUGUUUAUUAUAUUGUUAACAAGGAAACUUUCUUCAGCUCAUCCGCAAAUGCUUGGGAACAUAUAUUACCACUGAUUAUCCACUUACAAAUUCUCAUGUUUUUGAUGUCUAUUAUAGUUUUUGUUUCAUUCAUAAAUGAGAAGAGACUGCAGAUGAUAUCAUACCUACGGUUAUACCGUAUUUCAAAUUUACAUUUGGAUAAAAAACGACAGAUCAAAAUGUUUAUGAAUCAAAUAUCUGUAUGUGAUUCGGACCAAAUUUCAGCAUUCGGAUUUUUCAAUAUAAAUUUAAAUCUUGUCACAAUAAUACUCGUAUUGUUGAUGAGUGGAAUAAUCACAUUGAUACAGAUGAAAGAUCAUCCAAUGAUGUUGAAAUUCAACAAUGACACUAAAUCCUUCUUUCUAAAAAUAUAUACCACAAAAUACGAUUAAGUGCAUGUUACUUAUAUGUCUAUAAUAUAUUACCUAGUUUAUUUCGAUUGCAUUAUUGCAGUCAUAAAAAUACUGAAUCAAAUCUUUAUAAUUACAAAAUUGAAUAACAGAAUAUUAUAUUAUUAUUAUUCGGGCAUGGACCAAUUGCGACUAAAACAAAGUUUAGUUUAGGGUUAGGUUAG